AUGUAUCUGUCGGCUCAGAGCAUCUUCAUCGGCGCCACUGCCUUACUCCAGGCAUCAUCAGCCGCGGGUCACGGCUUCGUUCACCAAAUCGUAGCCAAUGGCCAGACGUAUACUGGGUGGCAACCUUUUUCUGAUCCCUACGCAAGCCCAGUACCUGAUAGGGUAAUCCGCAAGGUCCAAAGCGAUGGUCCCGGUACGUUCCCAGCCAACACGGCCGACAUCGCUUGUGGUGCAGGUGGCCAGACCGGGACCAAGAUUGUGGCCGAUGCGGAUGCUGGAUCAAACGUGCAAUUUCAAUGGGAUUAUUCAUGUUCAGAUCAUCUAGGCCCUGUCUCAACAUACAUGGCCUCCUGCAACGGCGAUUGCACGAACUUCGACACAUCUGGUGCGCGCUGGUUCAAGAUAGACGCUGCGGGGUAUGACAAUGGCCAAUGGGCAUCCGCAAAGCUGAUAGCUGAUGGAAGCUCUUGGACGAGCCAGAUACCUAACCAGUUAGCCGCUGGGCAAUACCUCAUGCGCCAUGAAAUUAUUGCCUUGCACUCCGCUGGAUCUCCACAGUACUACCCGGCCUGCGCCCAGGUGAAUGUGCGUGGUUCAGGGCAGGGCAAACCUUCAGAUAGCGAUCUCGUUUCACUCCCUGGGCUCUAUGACGGUGUCACGUUCCCAAAUAUAUACACCGAUUUUGGGACAUUCACAAUCCCAGGUCCUCCGCCGGUCACAUUCGACGGUCACGAGGCGGCACCCUCUCCUACUACGUCCGUGAAGGCUCCUGCCACUUCGACGGCGGUCGGAUCGAGUAACUCCACUAGCAGCGGCAUUGGAAACAGUGGAUCGAACCCACCAUCUCAACAAGCCACACCCUCAGCCCAGUGCCUCCUUGCCUCCCACAGGAUGGUCAGAAGAACAUUGCCGCUCAGGGCUCGUCGACACGGCGUUCGCUCGCAAUAG